CCGGCGAGCAGAUUGAUGACGUCACCAGCACUUCCGCUCCUUCUGCUUCGACACGCUGUAGCCGCACGAGCGCCGAACGUCGCCUUCGUUAAGUGUUGACAAUUCAUUCUUUACCGGGAUUUUACCGCGACACCAUGGAGCCCUGAGCUCGGGAAUAAGAUGCGUGAAGCCUGUGUUUGCCUGGAAGACCGGAGAGAUCCUGUAGUGGAAGCGAGCUAACCCACACAUGGCCUGCGAGUCGGCUUUCUCCGCCAUCAUGGACGAGCAGGCCCUCAUGGGACUGAACCCCAACGCUGACGCCUGCUACCGACAGAGAGCUCUGGCGUAUUUCGAGCAGCUGAAGGAAUCUCAGGACGGAUGGGAGGUGUGCGCUGAAGCGUUGGCCAAAGGCGUCUACAGUGACGACCACGUGAAGUUCUUCUGUUUUCAAGUGCUGGAGCAUCAGAUCAAAUACAGGCAUGUGAGACUCACUGGACCCCAGCAGCAGCUUAUUAGAGAGACUUUGAUGAAAUGGCUGCAGUUGCAGCUGAUGAGCGCACAUCCCGAGAAGCCGUUCAUCAAGAACAAGGCGGCGCAGGUGUUUGCGCUCACCUUCGUCAUGGAGUACCUGACGCUGUGGCCCAAGUUCUUCUUCGACGUGCUCUCGCUGGUGGGUCUGAACCCGCACGGCCUGGACAUCUAUCUCCGCACGCUCAUGGCCAUUGACGCCGAGGUGGUGGACCGGGACAUCUUGCACACCCCCGAGGAGACGCGCAGGAACACCCUGAUCAAGGACCGCAUGAGAGAGACGUGCAUCCCAGCGCUGGUCGAGUCGUGGUACCAGAUCCUGCAGACGUAUCAGCGCAGUCACAGCGAGCUCACCUGCCAGUGCCUGGAGGUAGUCGGCGCAUACGUGUCCUGGAUCGACCUCAACCUCAUCGCCAACGACAGGUUUGUGAAUCUGUUAUUGAGUCACAUGUCUGUGGAGGAGCUGAGAGAGGAGGCGUGCGAUUGUCUGUUUGAGAUCGUCAAUAAGGGCAUGGACCCGGUGGACAAAACCAAACUGGUGGAGUCUCUGUCACGAGUGCUGCGAAAUGCAGGCUUCUUCAGCGUGAAGCAGUGCUGUGUGUCUCAGGAGGAGGACGUGGACUUCCUGGCUAAGUUCUCGCGCCUGGUAAACGGAAUGGGUCAGGCUCUGGUGCUCAGCUGGACCAGACUCACCAAAGCAGCAGACAUGAAGGUGGCAGCAGAAACCCUGCAGGCUCUGGAGGCCAAGAUCCCACUGAUGCUGCAGCUGCUCAUGCACGAGGAUGACGACAUUUCGGCGAAUAUAGUGGGCUUCUGUUACGACUACUUGCACGUGCUCAAACAGCUUCCUGUUCUUACUGAUCAGCAGAAGAGUAACAUCGAGGCCAUCAUGCUGGCGGUUAUGAAGAAACUGACCUACGACGACGAGUACAACUUUGAAAACGAGGGCGAAGACGAGGCGAUGUUUGUGGAGUACAGGAAGCAGCUGAAGAUGCUACUGGACCGCCUGGCUCACGUCUCUCCUGAACUCUUACUGGAGUCCGUGCAUAGAGUCUUCACCAGUACCAUGCAGAGCUGGCAAACGGCCCGGUUCAUGGAGGUGGAGGUGGCGAUCCGCUUGUUUUACAUGUUGGGAGAAGCCUUGCCUGCGUCCCACGGGGCUCAUUUCAGCGGCGACACCACGAAAGCCAGCACUCUGCAGGACAUGAUGAGGACGCUCCUCUCUAGUGGCGUAAGCGAGUACCAGCACACCUCCGUCACACUGGAGUUCUUUGAGACCGUGGUUCGCUAUGACAAGUUCUUCAUCGUGGAGCCUCAGCACAUUCCAGUCGUCCUGAUGGCGUUUCUGGAUCAUCGUGGUCUGAGGCACAGCAGUCCGAAGGUGCGCAGCAGAGUGGCGUACCUUUUCUCCAGGUUCAUCAAAACGCUACAUAAACACAUGAAUGCCUAUAUCGAAGACAUCCUGAGCCGAAUACAGGACCUUCUGGCAUUAACUCCUCCUGAAAACGGUUUCCCCGCGCUCCUGAGCAGCGACGAUCAGCUGUUCAUGUUCGAGACGGCCGGCAUCCUGAUCGUGAACGGCGAGAGCCCGGCCGACAGGAAGCAGGUGCUCAUGCGCAGUCUGCUCACGCCGCUCAUGGAGGCCUUCCGCCCACUGCUGGCCAAACUGGCGCAGGAGAGCGACGAGGAGAGGCAGACUGCACUCGCCGACUGCCUCGGGCACGCCGUGGGCUUUGCCAGCCGCACCAGCAAGGCGUUCAGUAAUAAGCAGACAGUGAGGCUGUGCGGCUGUUCCGGGGUCUAUCUGGACUGCCUGCAGACGUUCCUGCCUGCGCUCAGCUGUCCCGUCCAACGGGCCACGUUACGCAGCGCCGUACGCUCCUUCCUCCACCGCAUGAUCAUCUGCCUGGAGGAGGAGGUCCUGCCGUUCAUCCCCAGCGCCAGCGAGCACAUGCUGAAGGACUGCGAGCCCAAAGACCUGCAGGAGUUCAUCCCCCUCAUCAGCCAGAUCACAGCCAAGUUUAAGAGUCAGGUUUCUCCGUUCCUGCAGCAGGUCUUCAUGCCGUUGGUUCUGGCCAUUUUCGAAGUGUUAUCUCGGCCGGCAGAAGAGAACGACCAGACCGCAGCGCUGGAGAAGCAGAUGCUGAGGAGAAGCUACUUCAGCUUCAUCCAGACCAUAGCCAGUAGCGGUAUGAACGAGGUCAUGGCCAAUCAGGGUGCUGAAAAUAUAGAGCGUGUGUUGUUUACCAUAAUUCAGGGAGCGGUGGACUUCCCUGACCCUGUCGCCCAGAAGACCUGUUUCAUAAUUCUCUCCAGACUAGUGGAGCUCUGGGGAGGUAAAGACGGUUUAGUCGGGUUUCCAGACUUCAUUUACAAACACAUUCUCCCGGCAUGCUUCCUGGCUCCUCUCAAACCCUCCUUCGACCUGUCCGACGCCCAGACUGUCCUGACCCUGUCCGAGUGCACGCUGACGCUGAAAAUGAUUCAUCUCAAGAGGGGCCCGGAGUUUAUUCAGUUCCUGCAGCAGGAGUACCUGCCCUCUCUGCACGUCUCGCCUGAGAUCACGCAGGAACUCUGUCAAGUGCUUCAGCAGCCUGACACUAAGGUUCUGAAGAACUACAUGAAGGCCUUCUUUCAGCAAGCAAAGCUGUAAAAACCCAGACGAGUUCCAGAGCGUACGACGAAAGGACAGAGCUUAGUAUAGAAGCUGCUUUUUGCACUUAAAGGGGAGAAGCUUAACCGGGGCCGUCUCCGCUCCGGAGGGGAAACGUGGUGCCGAUUUUACCGGACUCUGGUGAGGACGCGCUCGUGCCGAACCAAUCGGAGUCAUCGUACUCACCACCACGGGGACGGACGUCUGUGAUUGGACCACCGGACACGGCGGAGAGCAUAAGAGUAGGCCGCAGGAUGGGAUUUCGAAGAGACGAAUUUUGUUUUUGAACAUGUGGGGGGGAGGGGAAAUAUAUAUAUAUGUGUAUAUAUAUAUAGGCGCUUUAAAAAAAUAUGAACUAUGAUUACGGUAAUAUUUUGUAUUCGUGAGCACGCUUUCCGUGGUUUAACAAAUACGUAGAGAUUUAAAAACAAACAAACCUGUAGAGCAUUUAAAGAGUGGAUUUAUGUUUGAGCGGUUGAAACGAGGCUUCUGUGAUGAGCUUGCAGGAAAGCCGAGCCGUGCCGAGAUCUUAUUUAAUGAUUCUGAUUUUUUUUUGGUUUUUUUUAUGUUCUGAAAUAGGAGCGUUUAGUUUUUAUUUUGAAGUGACUGCGAAUAUGAAAGUGCUCUUCUCCUAGAUAUGAAACAUUCUGAUGUGCUCAGUUAAAUAUUUGGAUUUGUUUUUGCCCCCCCCCCCCCCCCCCCCCCACCC